UACUUCUUGGGAAUGAGUGAUGUAGUUCACAAUGGGACAUUAUUUCCAUCAUGGAAGAAAAUCUGAAACAAGAUUGACCGAGGACUAAGGCUUCAACUUUCGCAGCGUUCAGCAGUCUUUGCAGCAUGGCAUCUACUACCAGCUCUGCAAAUUCAGAAUGUGCAAAUGGAGACACAUUGUGUGUCAUCCGUGUGUAUGAACAGGAAGUGAUUAUCGUACCUGUGCUGUUUUUGAUGACUUUCCUCGUCGUACUGGUGUUUCUGCUGCUGUUAAGGUACUGUCCUGAGAAAGUCGACCGUCUGCAACCAAAUUCCAAACGAUCAACUAGGAACAGGAGAAACUUGCAAGGCAUUGAUGCUCCUCAGGGUCUAAAUGCUCUGGAGGGUGAGCGCAUAGCAUUGGACACCACCUCGUACAUGACUUUCAGCACCUUAUCACAAAUUAAAGAAAACCCGUCUGACCAUGCCUCCACCAAUGUGGCCUUCACCGAUGGAAGAGGCUCUUUCGGGGCCACAGGUUCAGCCUUCACAAAGCCCAAGGAACUCCCUCGUCAACGGCUGCCGGAGAACUUUAACGGGGUGUCUCCUCUUCCAGCAUCAUACUCUUUAAAGACAGACACCUCUGUCUCACUCUACAGGGCUCGUAUGGAGAACAGAAAUGUGGUGCUGCGUGUACUUAAAGAUUCAGCCAGUAAACAGGAAAGUCAGUCGUUCCUGGGCUUUGCAUCCUUUCUUUCUCAACUGGGGCCCAACCCAUUUAUACCGGAGCUUCUGGGAGUUGUGUCUCUGCGUGCUCCUCUCAUUACUGUUAUGGAAGAGAUGGAGAACCGAGAUUUGCUUGGGUUCCUGUGGAGGAGUAGAGAGGAUAAAGUUGGACCAGAAGGCAUUUGCGAGAUGACAGAGAGAAAGAUCUUCACUAUGGCCUUACAUGUGUCCACUGCACUGGAUUAUCUCCAUAGCAAAGAGCUUCUCCACUGUAACGUCAAGGCUCGCAGUGUAUUGGUCAGCCGUAUGUUUACAGCAAAGCUCUGGAGUUUGGGUGAUUUAUAUGCGAGAACUUCAGAAAAUGCUAAGCUCAUGGAAGAUCCAGGGAGAAAAAAGUGGCAGGCUCCUGAAUUAUUGGCCAAGAGACCUGCCACUCCAAAGAGUGAUGUUUGGUCAUUUGGACUACUGCUGUUUGAAAUGGUGACACUUGGUGAGGUCCCUUUUGCUGAAAUCCCUGUGACUGAACUUCUACAGUAUCACCAAAGAGGCAAAACCCUGAAGAAACCACACAACUGCUCUAACUCACUUUAUUCAAUUAUCAAAUCUUGCUGUCAGUGGAAGGAGCAUGACCGCCCCUCAUUGGCUGAUGUCAGGCGUAAACUUCAAUCAGGAGAGAAGAGUGCCAAUGACAGCGUUGUUCUCCGGGUGCCUGAGCCAAUCUAUAUUGAGCGGUAUCUGAUGGAGGCGGGAUAUGGAGAAUCCAACAACUACACAAUUUUCUGAAACACUACAAGGCGGCGGCUUAACAAAAGACAUCUGAUCCUCACAAAAAUCUGAUUUCUUCCUCGAGUAAAUUGACAGAAGAUCAUCCACAUUGACAUUAUUCUGAGCAAAAUCUUCAAUACAUUGAUAAACAGAAGAAGACUUUAAUCUGAUUUUCAUUUUUGCUGUGAUAUAAUAUAACCACACAGUAAAAUCGCCAGUGUUAAAAAAGGUCAAAUUA